GUUUACGAAAGAGCUAAAUCAAUGUCAGUGAGCGUUGUCGGUUUGAUAUUGGCCAAAACCGUUUUAAACAGCUGCUACAUGUUUGUGAUAUCACAACCCCUCACUCUGAAAUGAUAAAAAGAAGAUGUUUGAGAUACCUGACGACGAUGACAACUUUUGGGAGAAUCUUCCUAUAGAGGACAUCACAAACACAAGUUCAGCAGAGGUAUGUGCUACUGUGACUAAUCUUACAACAGUAACAGGCCAGGGACAGAAGCGACAGCUUGAAUGCGACAAAGGUGUAUUGCGUCCAGAACCUUGUUCAACUUCAAGUAAGAGACUGAGAAUUAACGCUUUAACAGAAAAUGACAACCAUUUCAUGUCAAGGUCAAUUCAGGAGCAGUCACAAAGCUCAAUGCGCAAUGCUCAGUCCGAUAUUGACAAUCGUGGGCUGUGUUAUGGUGUCAAUGGCACAUACAGGACUGACUGUAACAGUAAUAAUACAUCAAGCAAAGAACAGAGUCUGAAUGUAAAGAACAAAGUGCUCAAUAGAAAUGCCCUGCUUGAAACAAGGUCUGGCAUCAUCUCACAACAAGCAGUGUCUGAUCAAGGAGUAGCUGUUGUUAGGAAUGACAGUUCGACAAGUUCGGCCUACCUUUCUAACCAUGUAUCACAGCAAGGAGAUCUUCGUGUGGAACCAGUAAGACAGAAGAGGAGUGAAACUACAACACCCAAGCAGCGACACAAAAGAAAGUUCCCCGGCCCUGCUGGCUUGUUGCCGAAGCUGAGUCCAGGACAGAGUAUUGCAAAUGUGGUCCUCACCGGCGUCUCCAGGCAGAAUCCCACAGAGUCAAGGGAUGAUGGAGUGAUCCUGUCCUCCCAGUCUUCAGACGAUGUGUUCAGUGACCAGCCCUGGAGCUCUCUGGUCGACGACCUACACCAGGAGUCUCAGGACAUCCUCAACAAGUACUCCAUUGCAUCCAGCCUACAGAAGGCUGCUAAGAAGUUGCUCCCUGAAGGCAAGGUGGCUCUCAUGUUUGCAGUUCUAGAGAGUGUCGACAUCCAGGGUCUGGAUGCCAGCGUCACUCUCAAAGACAGGACAGGGAAGAUCUCUGGAACUGUUCACCGAGAAGUUGUCAAGGAGUUUGCUGCAGAUCUCCAGCCUGGCGUGGCACUGGUUCUCAGACAGAUAAGUGUUGUCAGCCCCACAAGCAGGACACAUUACCUGAACAUUACCCCCAAAAACAUCGUCCACCUGUAUCCUCACCGAGUAACUAGAUCAAACGAAGAGGUUUGUGAAUAUAGGGCAUGUCUGAAGGACGUCAUCCACACCGCUAACAUGCAGGCGCUGCAGCAACCAAGUACCCCUAACACGUCCAGGGUAUCGCCCGAACUGAACAAAACUGUUCCCAGAAUGCAAAGUAGCAGCUGGUCGACACCUCAACAGUCAAGCGGAUAUUCCACGGAAGGGGGGACAACUCCAUUCAGAACUCCUUUGCAAGCUAAUCCAGUGAGACAGACCACUCCCUCUAGACAAUCAUAUGCCUCGACUGGGAGUGUGAAUUACACAGCUGAUCCUGCUGUGAGAAGACAGUGUCAGGCUGCUAACAACAGCAUCGAUGGUUCUCCAAAUAAUCAGAUGACUCCUACAAGGAAAUUUUGUUUUAAGAAUGUUAGUAGCAGUGUUGCAGGUUCACCCGUCCUUGGAGCAAGUCCACAUUUAAGAGGAACAAAAGCUGCCGUUUGUGACAGUCAAAGGAAUUUCUCACAAGCUGGGUCUGUAACUUCUAACUGUAAGACUGCAGGCUCCGGCAACAGGGCAUCUUGUUCCGUGGUGAUGUCAAGUCAGACAACAAGCAAGGCCCAGUUGCCCAGUUUUGGAGGUAGCUCUGUGCCAUCUAACAUUGUGACAGCUCAGAGUUCUUCUGUUGGAGGGAGGAAGAGUGGUGGUUCGAAUGGAGUUAGCUCCCUUGGUGGUGUUGGAAGCCCUGGGAGUGGAGAUGCUGUCGGUGGUGAUGAGCUGUGGGGAGAUGACUUGAGUGAUGAACUUCUCUCCCAGCUGUCUGAGGAAAUGUUCUGAUCCUGACAUAAAGGAAGCACAGCCUAGCAGAUGAGGUCCUGUUGCUUUUCAGUCUGUAGACAGGGGACGUGGAUAUGCCAGUUCCUUGAUCGGUGUUGAUGCUAUAUACUCAAUGGCAAAAAAACCUGUGAUCAUCAUUUUUUGGAAGCAGUAAAUUAAUCAAUAUUUUGAUGAACCCAGGAUUUCUAUUUUCAAACAGAUAUAAUUAAACCCUGUGAUUGUGUUUUGUUCUCUAAAUGUUCUUGUGUAAAGUCUGUUUAUUAUUGUUUGUCGUGAAAGAUCUACAUGAGUUUGAAAGGUAACAAAAUCUGAGGUGUGACUCUCUUUUUAAACCUCAUUGACAUUUAAGCUGCACGUGUUUAGCGGUCUGUCAUGACCAGCAGUUUGUCGUGGCAAGAGGUCUGUCGUGACAAGUGUCUGUCGUGAUAAGCGGUCUGUCAUGACAGGUGGUCUGUUGUGACAAACUGUCAUGACAAGCUGUCUGUCCUGACAAGCUGUCUGUCAUGACAAGAGGUCUGUCGUGACAAGAGGUCUGUCAUGACAAGCUGUCUGUCGUGACAAGCGGUCUGUCGUGGCAAGAGGUCUGUCGUGACAAGAGGUCUCUCAUGACAAGCGGUCUGUCGUGGCAAGAGGUCUGUCGUGACAAGAGGUCUGUCAUGACAAGCGGUCUGUCAUGACAGGUGGUCUGUUGUGACAAACUGUCAUGACAAGCUGUCUGUCCUGACAAGCUGUCUGUCAUGACAAGCAGUCUGUCGUGGCAAGAGGUCUGUCGUGACAAGUGGUCUGUCAUGACAAGCGGUCUGUCGUGGCAAGAGGUCUGUCGUGACAAGAGGUCUGUCGUGACAAGAGGUCUGUCGUGACAAGAGGUCUGUCGUGACAAGCGGUCUGUCGUGACAAGCGGUCUGUCGUGACAAGAGGUCUGUCGUGACAAGAGGUCUAUCGUGACAAGAGGUCUGUCGUGACAAGAGGUCUAUCGUGACAAGAGGUCUGUCAUGACAAGCGGUCUGUCAUGACAGGUGGUCUGUUGUGACAAACUGUCAUGACAAGCUGUCUGUCCUGACAAGCGGUCUGAUGUGACAAGUGGUCUGUCAUGACAAGCGGUCUGUCAUGACAAGCGGUCUGUCAUGAUAAGCGGUCUGUCGUGGCAAGAGGUCUGUCGUGGCAAGAGGUCUGUCGUGACAAGAGGUCUGUCAUGACAAGCGGUCUGUCGUGGCAAGAGGUCUGUUGUGACAAGUGACGGAUAUAACAAACUGUUUUUUGGUCCUAUCCAUUUGCUGUAUAUAUGCUUACAACGAACUACAGUUACAACAAACUAACAAUAGUGGUCCCUUUGAGUUUGUUAGAACCAUGGUUUACUGUAUCAUGUAUGUAUCAAAUCUAAAUGAAGACAACAUUUGAUAUGUCUAUCUUAAUUAAAAAAGGAAUAUGACUGAACAAUUUUAUGUAUUUCCAGCAAGAAACUGCUGUUAUUAACACGGGCCUUUGUAAAAUGUUGGAAAUGUUUAUGUCCCAGCUGGGAACUAUCAAUAACAUAAUUACAGUCUGUCUGUCUGAGCGUGGCUUUUACACCAUCAGAUCCAUAAAUUCUGUCUACUUUGUCAUACGUCAACUUCUAAGUAAUGCCUAUUAAACAAUACAUCAGAUGUUGCUCCAAUAAUUAGAUCUUUACUUAGUUGAAGUAGUUUCUGACUACAGGUGAGGUUAGGUGAAAUAGGGUUUAACGUCACUUUCAAGAUUGUUGCACUUAUAAUGAUGUGUGUGUGUGUGUGUGUGUUUGGUUGCUUGUACUAGUGCAGACUGAUGCCGAUUUAUAG